ACUUUCCAAAAUACGCCGAGAGUAUUCCUGAUGGUGAAACGAGCGUUGCUUCAUCGAACGCAGCUAAAGAAAACAACAUCUAUGUAGUUGGUGGUACGAUGCCUGAAAUAGAGGGCGCUAAAUUGUACAAUACCUGUACUAUUUGGGGUCCCGAUGGAACUUUGAUAGCAAAACACCGAAAGGUACAUCUAUUCGACAUCGACAUUCCUAAUAAGAUUACUUUUCGAGAGAGUGAUUCACUCAGUCCUGGUAACUCCCUAACGACGUUCGAUGUGAAGGGCUGCAAAAUAGGUAUUGGCAUUUGCUAUGAUAUUAGAUUCGAGGAAAUGGCACGCAUUUAUCGGAACAAAGGUUGCCAAAUGCUGAUAUAUCCAGCGGCAUUCAAUAUGACCACUGGACCACUGCACUGGUCAUUACUUCAGCGUUUCAGAGCGAAUGAUAAUCAAUUAUACGUUGCCUGCAUAUCACCGGCUCGUGUUCCUUAAGCAAGUUACGUCGCAUGGGGACAUACACAGUUGACCAAUCCCUGGGGAAAGAUUCUUUACGAUUUGGAAACUCAAGAGAAUAUGGCAGUCACCGAUAUCGAUCUAAAAGUUGUUGAGGAAGUAAGGGCUCAGAUACCUACAUUUUCUCAGAGACGUACAGAUUUGUACGACACUGUCUGUAAGAAGGAGUAACUCUACACUAAAACAGAAAAUGUUUUUUUAUAAUAUUUCUACUACGAUAUCCUUUUUUUUGUGAAUUAUUACUAAUUUCUUAUCAUUUGUACUAAAUGAAUGACUCAAUUAAGAAAACCAAAACGUUAUAAAUAAUAAUCUGUAUAUCUUGUGUAUCAACAUGUAAUUGGAUAUUAUAAUAAUAUAGGAAUGCUAUAAUAAUAUAGGAUAAUAAUAUAGGAGAAUAGUAAUAUAGAAAAAAACUACAUGCUUUUAAACACCUUUAAUAUCGAUCACAUAAAUUGUUAUAAUUCACAAUGAUUACGCAUACAUAAAAGACCCCUUGAUAGUAAAAUUUACGAUCAAAAGGCAAUUACGUAUCGUUUAACAACAUUUAAUUUAUAACACCUUUUAAACAUUUAGACAGAUUAACACAUAACACUUCUUAUAUAUAAACAUCAAUUCGAAGUUAUCAGCUUGGAGAAAUUGGUCGAUUAAUACCUGUAGAUUGUCUGUCUCGAUGAAAGACUUAAAGAGAGCAAAAACAUGAUAAUGCCGCUAAUAUAAUAUUCCUUCUUUCUUGUAUCUGUCUGCCUCUCAGGUCGUUUUACUAAUUACAAUAAGUAAUUUCGCCUUCUUUGCGCUCUCUUUUAACGCAUUCGAGACCGAAAGAAAUUCAUAUCAGUCAGUAGGCAAGGGUAUAGUAUACAUAUUUUAUAUAUAACUUAUGUAGUAAUGUAUAUAUCAUGUUAAUUUCAUAUUUUUUUCAAUAUAGAAUUAUUAUAUAUAUAUAUAUAUAUAUAUAUGACUGUACAUAAUACAUUAUAGAAUAACAUAGUAUAUAAUUUUAUAUUUUAAAAAUAUGAGGCAUACUAUUUAAGAUUGUCAUCGAUUUAAAAUCAAAGUAUGAAAAGGAUACCCUGGAGAGAGUAAAACACAGAAUCAUUCUAACUAAACAUUCAGAUCGUACCGACACCUAGGUAUCGUCUUACAAUUAAAUCUCGGUCUCGAAUGGAUUAAAAUGAAAUACAUACUUGCAGCUUCAACAUCUUCAAUAUCGAGAAGAGUCAAACUUUACAAAUAAAUGUAAAUUGCGAUGUAAAACAACGCGAUGUAAAAAGGGAAAAAGGAGGAAAGAAGGAACAGGGAAGCAAAGAGAAGAAACGAAUUUUUCAUUUUCUCUUGCCAGGAAUAUAAGAUGCUAAGUAAUCUUCCUAAGUAAUCUCCUCCAGCUUUUUCUAGUUUGAUCAAUAAUUAUUAGUACAUGUUAGGAAAACAAAUAGAA